AAGCCGGCUGACCUCUGGCGUUUACUUCCUGCUGCCGUGACAAUGGCUGCUCGCGGCGUGGGGCUCUUGACCCGCUUGCCCCUGUGUUCCCAGAGAAGGAGCCGAGUCCCGCACUCUAUUUCCAGGCACCUCAGUUGUCCAGGAACCAGAGUCGCGAGCGUCGGGAGCGAAGAACAGCCUUCGGGGGGUGCGGAAACAGGCACUGAAGACAAGACCCUCCAAAAGAAAUUCUCUGAGGUGCAGAAAGAGAGAAGAGAACAGGCCCAGCGGACUGUUUUGAUACAUUGUCCAAAUAAUAUCAAUGAGAAGAAGUUUCUCAAGUAUCUGUCCCAGCAUGGACCCAUCAGUAAUCAUUUCUUCUACGAGAGCUUUGGUCUCUAUGCUGUUGUAGAAUUUUGCCAAAAAGACAGUAUAAACUCUCUGCAGAAUGGAACACAUACUCCAACCCAGAGCACAGAGGCUGCAAUUCCAUUUAAGUCACGUUUCCUGAACUUAAAGCUGAAGAAUCCAUCUAACCAAGUAUCUGGACAGUCGUUUGUACAAGCAAACAGCCAGUCGCCUCCUUCAAGCAAGAAACUCUUUGAAUUGCUGAGUUACGCAGAAAGCCUAGAUAGACGACCAGCUGAAUGCUCUUCUGAAAGCCUUCCAGCUCACAGAGGAGAAUGUCAGGCUCCGCCAUCUCACCUGCUCUCUGAUCGAGGACAUCGCCGCUGCCUAUUUUCCCAGCUGUGUCAUCUGGCCCUUUGGCUCCUCAGUGAACACGUUUGGCAAAUUAGGAUGUGAUUUGGACAUGUUUUUAGAUCUAGAUGAAACUGGAAAUCUCAGUGAUCACAAGAAUACAGGGAAUUUUUUAAUGGAAUUUCAAGUGAAAAACGUUCCCUCUGAAAGGGUUGCGACCCAGAAGAUCUUAUCUGUAAUAGGAGAGUGUCUUGACAAUUUUGGCCCUGGCUGUGUGGGUGUUCAGAAGAUACUCAAUGCUCGCUGUCCACUGGUGAGAUUCUCCCAUCAGGGCUCUGGAUUCCAGUGUGAUCUGACUGCCAACAAUAGUAUUGCUUUGAAAAGUUCCGAGCUCCUUUAUAUAUAUGGCUCCCUGGAUUCAAGAGUAAGAGCUUUGGUGUUCGGUGUGCGAUGCUGGGCUCGGGCACAUUCGUUAACAAGCAGUAUUCCUGGUGCUUGGAUUACAAACUUCUCCCUAACAAUGAUGGUCAUCUUUUUCCUCCAGAGAAGAUCACCCCCCAUUCUCCCAACUCUGGAUUCUCUAAAGUCCAUGGCAGAUGCUGAAGACAGAUGUAUUCUAGAGGGAAACAAUUGUACAUUCAUCCAGGACAUAAAUAAAAUCAAACCUUCUGGAAACACAGAAACACUAGAAUUACUACUAAAGGAAUUUUUUGAGUAUUUUGGCAAUUUCGCUUUCAAUAAGAAUUCCAUAAACAUCCGACAGGGAAGGGAGCAAAACAAGCCCGAUUCUUCUCCUCUGUACAUCCAGAAUCCUUUUGAGACAUCUCUUAACAUAAGCAAAAAUGUGAGUCAGAACCAGCUACAAAAAUUUGUGGAAUUGGCCAGAGACAGUGCCUGGAUUUUGGAACAGGAAAAAAGGGAUCAGCCUUCUUCCAGUAGCCAUCCCUGGGGGCUGGCUGCCCUCCUGCUGCCUCCUGGGGCAGGCCAGACAUCUCUCUCCCGGAAAAAGAAGAAGAAGCCGAUGAGUGAAAAAGUCAAAGGCUUGUUAGCAUCCAUAAAAAGUAACAGCCCUGACCGUUCUACAGAUGCCAGUGGAAAGAGAGCCGUCAGUACACAGGCGUGAUGGUAGCCUUUUGGACUUCUGGGAAGAACUGCCACCAAAUGUUAGCAGGCCUUAACAUUUAUAUAUCUGACGUCAUCACCCUUUUACUUGGUCAGAAGUUCUGGAUAUUUUCUUCCAAUCAGGUGGAGUUUAUUAAAAUAUCAGUGGCAAAAAAAAUUGUAAAAGACAUAUUUGAACUCUGCAAAGUGAAUGAUAAAAUGAAUUUUUAUCAUCAAUUUGGUUGAUAGUUCUGUCAGUCUCUAGUUGGAAAUCAUUUCAAACCCCUUUCAGUUAUUAUCAUAUAUAGGUAAUGAAUGCAAUAAAGCUUCAAAAUUUGUAUUUUUAGUAUCUAUUUUCAAUCAAAGUUCUCUUAGUAGGUGUUUUGUCUUCUGAAUGAAUAUAUAUAAAUAUAUACAUAUAUAAGUAUAUAUAUAUAUAUAUAUAUAUAUAUAAAUAUAAAAAUAAAGCAGUGGGCUUGUGUCCCAUCAGGCUCCUUAGGCAGACCUUGUCUUUGUUGAUUUCCUGCUCUUCACACACCCUCCCACUUUUCUCCCCACUAACCCUCAGUUGGAUUUUGCUUCAUGUAUGAGUGACUGUUCAGCUACUCCGCCCUUCCCUCCCCUAAGGUCCUGCUCCCAAAGGUCCCCAGCGUUUUAUGACCUGUACCUCAUACAUGCUUAUGCUUCAUGUAAUAUCAAAUGUGAACCCAAGGUUCACACUGGAGAGGAAAGGUACAGCUUUGUCCUCCUGGAUGUGGGGGACUUCAAGCAAAGUUCCCCCAUUCCCAGUUAAACAGGUUGGGUAGGAUUUCCCAAACUGUGUCUCUAACACAUAAAAAUGCAGACUGAACUUCAGUCACUGUGUCCUGUGUUCCAGUCAGAUAUGUAGAAUUGUGGAUAUAUUGUACUUUCAAAUCAAAUUUUAUUUUUGUUUUCAAGAAUAAAACCCUGUUUCUACUGAA